GACCUCUGACGUCAUCUCCGUGCGGCCAGUUCGACUGUUGGCCGGCGACGUGCGACAUUGUUCAGUAUUCUCAACCAUCUUGGCAGGUUUUGUCGGAGAGCAGACCAGACUUUUCCCGUUUAUUUCAGCCAAACACCACAGUGCGAAAGAUGAGCUCAUCCGAAUUUCAAGGCCCCGGUUUUUACUCGGACAAAAAUUCCUCAAGGGUUCUUCAGCCCCCGGGUGGUGCAUCCAGCAACAUCUUCGGAGCAGCGAGUGACGCCCAGGGCACCCCUCCCCAGAAGGCCAACAGAAUGACCUCUGGCUCCAACAUCUUCGGGGCCGCCGAGACGGAGUCCCCGUCCCGUAAGGUCAACACCCGCAUGCAGUCUGACAUCUUCGGCACCACCGGCAGCGCGCCCCCCUCCCAGCAGCAGGCCAGGUCAAACAGGAUGAAGUCUGACAUCUUCGGUGGAGCGGCUCCAGCACAGGAGCCGGCAAGGAGCCGCAAGGAUCACAUGGGCAGCGAUAUCUUCAAGGAGCCUGGCCCCUCAGAUCAGGUGAUGCCCAGGAAACUGAAAGGUAAGGAGGAUGAUCUCUAUGCAGACCCCCAGACCUCCCCCGCCUCUGGUGAUGCCUACAAGUAUGAUGGAGGUAAGGCUGCACCUGACCACUACCUUGACCAAGACCGGGCAGGGAGAGGAGACGCUUGGGCCCACGACGAGGUUUCCUAUCACGAUACUAACCCGUCACACUAUGACACCGCUGUCAUGCACGAUGCACCCAUAACCACACCAGGUGGGGAGAAUAUCUUUGAUGUCAGGUACGGGUACACCCCACAGAAGCCCGGGCGCCGGAUUGCACAGGGCGCCCAGCCCAACAUGGCCGCCACCUUCCUCAACCUGUUUGGCACCGACCACCCGGACGGGCCAGACGGCCACCCCCCUCCCACAGCCCAGCCUCCCGCCCCCACCAACAUGCCUGCGGAGGCCCUCGGGUACAAGCCUGCACCUGCCCGGCCCGCGGUGCCUGGCCACCAGCGUGCGGCUGCGGGAGUGGUGUCAGGUGCCCGGGACGCCAGAGGUCCGUCUGCCGUCUUCCCUGAGGAGCAGGCCGCCUCCUCCGACUGGAGACCCAGUGCCAAAUACAAGCUUCGGUAUCAGGCUGCUCUUGUGAACCCCAUAACUGGUGAAACCUACGCAUCACCGGACUUCGACCUUUCUGCUCCCACCGCCAACAACCUUCCUGCCCCCACCACCAACGGCACCGCUAACGGCUGUGGUGAAGACGGGAAUCCGAUGGACGGCCAGACCCCCGCGGAGAGGCCCAGCACCAAGGUGAUGCAGCCUCCAGGUGGGGGAUCCAGCUUCACACUGGGGUGAACACACGCAUGGACGGAGAUACGGGCUCGGCAACGUAGUCAACUCAGUUGCAACCAGUUGGUGUCCAGAGAUGUGUUACUUGUGUUGUAAGAAAGCUAGUAAGAGUGAAAGUAUAACCGCUCUUGGAAGCUUCUUGAGAGGUACAACUGAAUUGUUAAGUGUUCAGCAAAGUGGCAAUUUGUUGCAGAGGGGCCAUUUGAAGUAUUGAUAUAGUAAAUGCUGCAUCAACUUGUAUUUAACUGUUGUUCUGGUCUUGUUAUAUUAGUUAUCUACCUGUACUGAUUUUGAUGCCAUGCUUGUUUUCUAGUAUUGCACUGUUGCUGCACAUUAGUAGAAGUCUGUUUUCUUCUAACAAUAGUAUCCAUUCCAACAAUAUGGAAUUAAUGACAUGCUGUACAUGUGUAUUAGUUUAACGUUUAAGAAUUCCAUGACUGAAGUUUUGAUAUGUCUAACUUUUAUACACAUAUGUCUGGGAUUGUAAUUACAUGUUCCAGUGCUGUCCACACACAAUUUACCGCAGACACCCUGUUGAGUUGUUCCAGGCUAUGAAACGUCUAGCCUCUUGUCUACCAAACAGUUCUGCUGUGUUGUGUCCACUCUCCAUGUAAUUGAGGUCUGAAGACUUCUCAUUAAGGUUCGAGGUAAUUAGCGGUACCAAUUUUCUGUCAGUUGACCAAAGGUUGACCAGUCCAUAAAUUAGACAGGAUUUCUGUCAUGUACGACGUAACUUGAAGUGAUGUGUGUUGAGGUUGUAGAUUUCAUGUUCACUCUCCACCCUAUGGAAAACAGAAGAAUUUCUCUGACGAUUUAUUAGUAUGAUUACAAAUGGAUGACGUGACAGCAAUGAGUAAAUGUGCGUUUGUGAGUUUGGGGAGCAAGCUAGAGUACAUAUAAGUGAUCUGUAAUGAAAUUCAUUCAUGGAUGGAAUUCUAAGUCCAUUGGUGAAAUUCUAAGUUCAUGAAAACCAUAAAAUGGUGCCAUAUAUCAUACAUAUUUCAUCAUAAGUCAGUGAAAACACAGAUUAGUUCCAUAUAGAUAAUAUGAAGCAUGGAUGUUUAACUGUUUUGUAAAUCUGUACAUGCAGUUCUGUGUAAGCCCUCAUAACAAGAACAGAAAAUAAGCAUAGCAUCUUGCUGAAAUAGCAUGUUGUCAAAAAAUAUAUUUCUUGACUUACAAAUGUAAGGGCUGAAAAAUGGUGAAUGCAGCACGGAAAUACUAGAACUGAGAAAAAAACAGGUCUCUGAUGACCUAGACAAUAGCUGGCUAUGUAAUUUGGACAGAUACUAGUCUUGGGGUUGUUGUGAAGCUUGAGUUCUUACCCCCUUAUUAUUUUCCAGAGAUACGAGAUGGUAUCACUACAUGUUAACUAUCAUGUGGGUUUAUGAAUUUGUAUGGAUUGAAAUGCAAGACCCACAUUAGCACAACUGCAUGGUGAGCAGAUGAUGUGUACACUGGUACAGUCUGCUCUUGAAACAUCUGUCAUGUAUCCCUUCACAUGUGUGUCUUAUCUAUCAACAAUUCCUGUCAUGUUUGAGUGAAAGUGAUACUUGUAAGGUUGUUCUAUCUACUGCACACUCUAAGUGAAUUCCUAAUACAUGUAUGAUAUAUACAUUGUAUCAGAGUAUUAAAUGCAUAUUUGUGCUUUCUCUGGUCACUUUA